CAUCUACAGGCGUUUACGUUGCCGGUGUUGUUUUGACGUCAUCAACAUGCGCCGGAAACGCUCUGUAACGUGUCAAACUUUACACCGUCUCUAAUUAAAGUCCUCCGUUUUCGUCUGUAAAAUGUGUGUUUCAUUCCAGCAGAACCUCUGUAUCCGGAUGCAACCGACUGACUGGACUUUUUUCUGUUCGUUUUCGGGGUCUAUUUUAUUCUUGAUUUAUCUCUUUUAAGCGCAGUGAUGCUACAAUUAGCUUAGCUCGCUAGCUGCUAACACACACACCUGUCAGUAUGUGCUGGAGACAAACUGUGUUUCUGACGGAGUUUAUGUGAAGAAAAAAAUGACAGAAGAAAAUGUCUGAAGUUCGGAUGUACGAGGAUGAACAUCAUAAACAACCGGACUCCCUUUGGGACCAAAAAGCUCUGUUACAACCUGCAGCUGCUGCUUCGAACUGUCAGAGACGUCAUCACCACGUCCUCCAUCCGCCGUCCAGACUGCGUCCAGCCGUUCCAGCUGUUCCUGUCCACGUCGCUGCGGGGCCACUCCAGCCGUGUCGGAUCCUCCCACAAAGCCAAGACCCGCAUCAUUCAGAGACCGACAACCUGCUGUCUGUCAGAGUGUCCUGCAGUUGUCGUACCGCUGUCACUGGUUAAAGAAGAGGUUCCACCUGAGCAGCAGGACCAGAGCCCCAGUCUGGACCAGGACCAGGUGGACCCAGAACCUCCACUCAUUAAAGUAGAACAGGAGCAAGUGUGGACCAAUCAGGAGGCUGAUAUGACUAAGUUCCCACCCACUUCUGUCCCACUGAAGAGUGAAGACGACGAAGGAAAAGCUCAGUCGUUACAGCUUCAUCAUAGACAACCUGAGGAGAACGGACCGGAACCAAAUAAAGAGGACUGUGGAGGAUCAGAACCAUCCGGUACCUUCCCUCCACAUUCACAAACACAGACUAAUGAACAGACUGAAGGAUCCUCUGAUGGUGACACUGAUGACAGUGACUUUUGGAAAGAAACCACCGAACAACAAAGAAACGAAGUGUCUACAGAUCAUAGAACCAGCGCUACUGUCAACGAACCCCCGAACGUCUGUAAAAAUGAUCAGAGGCUGUUGAGUAGUCACCAUAUAAAAGCUGUUUUAGAGAAUCAUUCAAAAAAGAAAGUCUUCAGCUACUCGUUAUGUGCUGAAGAUUCAGAGCAUUCACAAAGACAACAUUUGAAGUUCCCUAAAAAAGAAGAAACACAGAUAAACCAGCCAAACCCAGAGUCCUCAAAAGUCAAAAAGGAAGCGCAGGAGGUUUGGAUCAGCCAGGACGGGCCGGAGGCUGAUCUCACCACGUUCCCGUUCACUCCCGUCCCCAUGAAGAGUGAAGAUGACGAAGAGGAAGAGGAAGCCGAGUCCUCGCGACUUCAUCAAAGACAAAAACAGGAGAAUGGAGAGGAAAAAGGAAAGAAACAUCACUGCUUUGAAUGCGGUAAAAUAUUUUGCUUCAGGUCCGUUUUAGAAACGCACAUGCGAAUCCAUACCGGAGAGAAACCAUUCGGUUGUGCAGUGUGCGGGAAAAAAUUUGCUCACAAGUCGCAUUCAACUACUCAUAUGAAAAUCCACACGGGAGCAAAAGAGUUCAGGUGUUCGGAAUGUGGUAAAAGUUUUUCUCAGAAGUCACACUUAAUUACUCACAUGAACAUCCACACAGGGGAGAAACCGUACAGUUGUUCGAUUUGUCACAAACGUUUUAGGCAUCAGUGUGUCCUGCGGGUACAUAUUGUAACGCACUCAGGAGCGAAACCAUUUGUUUGUUCAGUAUGCGGUCGUGGAUUUGCUCAAAAGUCAAACUUAAUCCAUCACUUGAGAGUUCACACAGGAGAGAAAGCAUUUAGUUGCUCAGAAUGUGGUAAAACAUUCGCCCGGAAUUCACACUUAGUCCGUCACAUGAAAUGCCACACAGGACACAAACCUUUCAGCUGCUCAGUUUGUCAGAAGAGUUUUAGAGAAAAAAUUCAUCUUCAGAAACAUAUGAAGAUCCAUGCCACGUAGGAAAUGUUCAGUUCAGGAGUUGGUGAGGGUUAUUAAGAUUCACCCAACCAUGACUUUAAAUCCACACAAACAUUAAAAAGUAGAUAAAGUAUAUGUCACUACUUCUACAGCUACAUAAAUACAUAAUAAAAACCCACAGUCAUACGUGUUCACAACGCCUUUACCUCCUGCAUAGUUCCUUAUCCUUUUAACUGAAAAGUGACACCUACUUUUGUUGUUAAACCUAAUAAGUAAAGUUAUGCUUUUGUGGAAAUGGAAAUAAAAGAAAAAAGAAAAAAAAAAACUGUCAGACUGAUUUAUUUUCAAAUGACGAAUAAAUUUACCAUUAACACCUAAUGCACAGGUGUCAAACAUGCAGCCCGGGGGCCAAAUCUGGCCCACCAAAGGUUCUAUUCCGGCCCACGGGAUGAAA